CUCGUGAACAUGUUCACAUAUUGUAGGACAUGGGAUAAAAAAGUGACUUAAAAUAAUUUUAUUUUUUAUUCGUAAAGGUUUAAUUAAUUUAUUAAAAAUUAAACGGUUUAUUAAAAUAAAAAAUAAAUAAAAAAGAUUCAAGCAGUAUAGAGCAACAAGUGACGUAGGAAAUGUAAUAAAAUUAAUUAUAUUCUGUAUAAUUUAAUAUACAGUUAACUAAAAAAAAAUUUGAGUAAAUAUAUUUAUUUUCGUACAUAGUAAAAAAAUUUGACAAUUUUUAAUAUGCGGGAAGAGGAACUAGAAAUAGCCAUAAAGGUGGUUAUCGUUGGAAAUGGUGGAGUAGGAAAAAGUUCGAUGAUUCAAAGAUAUUGUAAAGGAAUUUACACAAAAGACUACAAAAAAACAAUUGGAGUUGAUUUUUUAGAAAGACAAAUCGAAAUUGAUGGUGAAGAUGUAAGAAUAAUGUUGUGGGACACUGCUGGACAGGAAGAAUUUGACGCAAUUACCAAAGCAUAUUAUAGAGGAGCUCAAGCAUGCGUUUUAACAUUUAGUACUACAGAUAGAAAUUCAUUUGAAGCAAUCAAAGAUUGGAAAUUAAAGGUUGAAAAUGAAUGUGGAGAAGUGCCCACAGUAAUAGUUCAAAAUAAAAUAGAUUUAAUAGAACAAGCAGUAAUUACUCCAGAAGAAGCAGAAUCAUUGGCGAUGAAUUUAGGUUGUAAACUUAUUAGAACAUCAGUUAAAGAAGAUGUUAAUGUCGCUUCAGUUUUUCGAUAUUUGGCAACAAAAUGUCAUCAGUUAAUGACACAAACUCAUAAUGCUCUAGCUCCCGUUAGUCAACCAAAUAUAAGUGCCUUUAGUCCAACUUUCACAAAAUCUAAUGGGACAAUUAUAUUAAAACCAGCCAAAAAAUCUACAAAAAAGAAAACAGUGCUAAAAAAAUGUCGUAUGCUUUAGAAUAUAUUGUUAAAAAUUAUUAUUUUAAUUGUAAUUAUUCUUUAUUAUUUAACAACGUAUAUACGUAUUUUACUUUAAAAUAUAAAAUAUUUAAUUUGCC